CUUGCACUUUCACUUUCACACGCCAAACAGUCAAUACGCCACAGGUAAACAACUUGGAUGGGUUUAUUCUCAACUGAACUGUAAACAUCAGUCUGUCAGGGUGCUUAUUGGCAGAGUAAUACGAAAUGAAUGAGUCAAACAUCCAGAAACAGUGCCCAAACUGCAGAUUUCCCAACAGCCGAGGAACUGGUCAGAGUCUGCGUACUGCCUGUGCAAAAUGUUCAACUCUUUAUCGUUCCAUCUACUUCUGCUGGGACUGCCAAAGAAAAUGGAAGACUGCCAACAAUGACAACUGCGGGAACAAGAGUUGUGCAAUCAGGGCAGCUCUUUUGUCCAUGGCUGUUAUUGAGGAGCCCAGCAGUCCAGUAAGAGGAUGCCCCUACUUCAGAGCAUGUCCAUUUUGCUAUGCUCUUGUGACACACAACAACAAAGGCUGCAAGAUGACUUCCUGUGGGCAGUGCCACAAUGAUUUUUGUUACAAGUGCCUAAGUAAAGGCUACUGCAAAAGCUGCUCCAUUGUGGAUAACAACUCUAGUUUACAGGCUCUAGACCUGCUGUGAUACUGGCAAAUGACACGCCUUGAGAACAAGAAGAACAAAGAAGUCCAUGAACCUGAAAGAAGCUGUGAAAUUCUCCAACAUCACACUCAACAGAUCACAAACACCUGAGUAUAUUAAUGAAGUGCAUUAGCAGUGAUUAUCCACCAAAUAAUUGAUAUAGUGACUUUUAAAAACAUAGUUUUUAUUGAUUCCAUGGUAAAAUUCUGCAAAUCAAAAACUGUAUUUAUUGUUUUAUAAAUGUCUGUGGUGGGCUGGCACCCUGCCUAGGGUUUGUUUCCUGCCUUGCGGCCUG